AUGGUUGCGCAAUCGCUGGCCUCGCUAUUGCAGCGGGCGUCGAUUGACGACCACGAGGAAGUCCUCCAGUCGUGCAAUGCAGUCCUCACCAAAUCCAAAUCCAAUUUGCAAGCACAGCACAUGAAAGUUGUUGCUCUAUUGAAACUCGACCGUUACGAAGAAGCUCUCAAGACAUUCCAGGCCGGAGGCGAUGCGCUGAAGCAGAGUGCAGGCUUGGAAUACGCCUAUGCAUCAUACAAGUGCGGGAAGCUUGAAGAAGCCACAGAAGCCUUGACUCGCGCAGCUUCUGGGCGUGGUGCUAGUCACCUCGAGGCACAAGUGCGCUAUCGUGCCGAGAACUUCCGACGGGCAGCUGAGCUUUAUGAACAACUUUCCAAAGAUGCGGCGUCUUCCGCUCACGAGGUUAAUGACCUGAGCAUCAAUUCGUGGGCUACCGAUGCCCAGCUUCAAUGGAAAGGGGAGACGGAAUUCGUGCGCCACGACCGAUUGUCGAGGGAGGAUUUGGAAUCAUUCGAAACAACCUACAAUGCAGCUUGCUUGAACAUUGCAAAGGGGGAAUUCAAGCAGAGCGAGGUCUUGCUCAAUCGAGCUCAAAAUAUCUGCCGCACAUCAGAGGACCUUUCUCCUGAAGACAAGGCUGCAGAGAUGCUGCCAAUUGCAGUCCAACAACUCUAUGUUUUGAUUCAACUCGGAAAGUUGGAAGAGGCCGAGGCGGUUCUCAAAGAUAUCUCCGUGGAAAAUAUCACCGAGUUAUCUACCAAAAAGAUUGCCCGCAACAACAUCGUCCUCGCUCGUCCGACUGACGUCAACCCCUACAUCCUCUACAAGGCCCUCCACGACACCCCAGAUGCCAUCAAUAACGAUCGACUAUUCGAAUUUCAGGACCCUAAGGCACAGUCAAAACGCCCAAGCCCAUCUACCGACGCCAUCACCAACCUUCUCUCUGUAUUCAACGCCGCAGCACACGCUCAAGGCGAAACCGGCCCUAAAGCCCUCAAACAGAUCGUUCCCUUGCUAGAGCGACGGCCCACAGACAUCGGCCUUCUUCUGACAGUGGUACAGCUCUAUGUCAGCGGCGGCAACACCACCUCUGCUAUCACAGCCAUGGAGCGAACCCUCCGCUGUCUUGAAGGGUCAAACGAGUCCAUCCGCUUCAACCCAGGCCUCCUCAGCGUCCUCGUCUCCCUGUACCAGCGCGAAGGUCCCCGAGCCCCCCGUGUCCCUCCUCCGCGCAGCAGCCGCCUCCUCCUCCUUCACUCUGAAGACCGCGCCGACCUAGCCACGGCAGGUGAUCUAUUCCGUGGUCUGCACCAGCAAGACCCCAACGACCGCAUCGCCAUUGCUGGCUAUGUUGCCUCACAAGCAACUCUGGACUAUGCGCAGAUUGAGUCCGAACUCGACCGCCUGCCGGCAGUCAGCGACCUGAUUGCCGACGUCGACGUCUCAGCUCUGGAAUCCGCUGGCAUCUCUCCCUCCGCCUCCUCGGUUGCAGCGGCCGCUGCUGCCUUCGCCGGUGCCCGCAAGCGCACCGCAGCUAGCGCCGAUGACCGUGCCAACAAGCGUGUCCGCAAGUCCCGUCUGCCCAAGGACUUCGAUCCCGCCAAGAAGCCCGACCCUGAGCGCUGGCUGCCUGUGCGCGACCGCUCUUCUUACAGACCCAAGGGCAAGAAGGGUAAGCAGCGUGCUGCUGCACUCACGCAGGGUGGUCCUGUGAAUGAGAAGACUGAAGAGUCCCCCGCUCAGCAGCAGCAAAAGUCCGGCGGUGGCUCUAAUGCUAAGAAGAAUAAGAAGAAGGGCAAGCGAUAG